AAGUCUAGCAAAACAGAGCAUCAUCUUGUUCCGCUAAGCUUUUGGCAUGGCUAAACAAACUUGUUAUUCUCAUCAGUUUUUGUGACUUUGCUCUUUCUAUGGCGUGCCUAGCCUACCUUCAGCUCCUCCCGCUUCCCAGGUACCACUUGAAGUGGUCGUAUUACGCUUCUUCGAACUUAGAGCAACUUCGAGAACUCAGGUCAGGCUGUAAAUGGGGUCCUCUUGCUAUGGCUAAAAAGGCAGCAGCUUCUCUAGGUUCGGUAGUAGAGGAAUCCAAUGAAAAUGAGUCUGUAUCGGGGAAGAAGAAAACUAGGUCAGCUAAAACAAAAAAGGCUGCCACAAAAUCUAAGAAAAAAUCAACCGAUGAGUCCCUAGAAGAGAACGCAAAUUUAUUGGUAAUUAGUGACGGUUCCAUAGAAGAAAGUUCAUCUGCCUCAAGUGAUGAUUCCAAGAAGAAAUCUCGGAGGACUCGAAAAAAAGAUGCAUCUAAUGCUGCUAAUGUGGAAGAAGAGAAGAAAAAGAAAAAGGUUAGGACACGAAAAAUACCAAAGAAGGAGGUUGUAAUUAUAGAGCAUAAGGGCAGUGAAGCUGAAAUCAGUGACCAAGACGAGCCUUUAGUUAUCGAAAAUGCUGAUGAGGAGAUUGAGGACGACCUAGAACUGAUAAAAGAUGAUGGAGAGGAUAUUAGCUUUACUUAUGGUUGGCCUCCCCUUGUUUGUUGCUUUGGAUCUGCACAGCAUGGCUUUGUGCCUUCUGGGAGGCGGGCCAAUAGGCUUAUAAAUUAUGAAAUCCAUGAAAGCAUGAAGGAUGCCCUGUGGAGCCCAGAAAAAUUUGUUAGGGCCCCCGGGGGCUCUGCGGGUAGUGUUGCUAUUGCUCUCGCAAGUUUGGGUGGAAAGGUUGCUUUCAUGGGGAAACUUGCGGAUGAUGAUUAUGGUCAAGCAAUGCUGUACUAUAUGAAUGUAAAUAAUGUUCAAACUCGAUCAGUCCGUAUUGAUAGUAAAAGGGCAACAGCAGUAUCAUUAAUGAAGAUUGGAAAGAGGGGUCGAUUGAGGAUGAGUUGUGUCAAACCUUGUGCUGAAGAUUGUUUAACAAGGUCCGAGAUCAACAUUGAUGUGUUGAAGGAGGCAAAGAUGUUCUACUUCAGCACACAUUCUCUGCUUGAUCGUAGCAUGAGCUCCACUGCAUUGCGAGCUAUCAGAAUUUCAAAGAGAUUGGGAGGGGUUAUUUUUUAUGAUCUGAAUCUUCCUAUGCCACUAUGGCACUCUAGAGAAGAAACUAAGAAUUUCAUCCAGCAAGCGUGGAACCUUGCAGAUAUUAUUGAGGUCACUAAGCAAGAAUUAGAGUUUUUAUGUGGGAUCACUCCAUCUGAAGAAUUUGACACCAAAGAUAAUGACAGGUCUAAGUUUGUCCAUUAUGAACCUGAAGUGGUUGCACAAUUAUGGCAUGAAAAUCUUAAGGUUUUGUUUGUGACUAAUGGGACUUCGAAGAUACAUUACUACACUAAGGAGUUUGAUGGUGCUAUUUUGGGGAUGGAGGAUGCCCCCCUUACCCCUUUUACUAGUGAUAUGUCAGCAUCUGGAGAUGGCAUUGUUGCAGCUAUCAUGCGAAUGUUCUCAGUUCAGCCUGAUCUGAUAACUGAUAAAGGAUACAUUGAGCAUACCAUUAAGUAUGCAAUUGAUUGUGGAGUUAUAGACCAAUGGUUGCUUGGGCGACAGCGCGGCUUCCCUCCAACUGAAGAUAUGGAAGAAGUAACUCCUGAUGAAAAUGGUAUAAGGUCAAUUACAGAGACAGAACACCGCACGUUAAUGCCCGUUAAUUGAUUGAGAGUGAUUGAGAGAUAUUGAGAGAGAUAUGAUGUUGUAGGACCCAAUUGAGGAACCCACAGUGUGUCGUUCACUCUCCAAACCCACUGUCAAUCUCAAUCUGUUGCGGGAUCACUCUUAAACCAGUGGCUUCAGGUCAUAAUGUUAACAUUUUAUUUUUUGUGCUCAAGUGUUUUCAUUCACAUCAACCUUUUGAAGUUUGAUUUUGGCAUCAAAAGAUACCUGACUCUGUUCAUGCCACAACCAAAUUCCUAGUUCUUGAUAUUUCCCAGGCUCUUGUAAGGGGGGAAAAAAGGAUCUUACCGAGAGCUUGACCAUUUUGGUGUCGAUCUAUUUCACUUUCUUCAAAAGAACACAGUAAGUGAUUGAUUCCUCUACCGUGUGUAAAUUCGAAAUGCAAUCAGGAUACUAGAAAUUGAAGAGUGUAAUUCUGAAAGAAAUGUGCGAGAAGCAGAUUCGAUUUCAUGGGGAGAUUGAGUAUAUUCAUGGAAAAGUUUAGAGAUUUGGGAGUUAUUAUUUAACAUGAUGAAAAAAUUGAUG